ACAACUGGGAUUUAGAAAGCUUUCUUUCUAACUCUUUCCCCUACUACCCCGCUGCUGUUGCACACGAGGGGUGUUUGUCAGUUAUUUCUGUCAAACGGUCACCUGGUCGUGGCCUUCUUCUACCCCAUUUAGGAGCUCAAGCAGGCUUUGGGACGCAUAUUUUGGGGAUAUUUUUCCCCCAGCCGGGGUCGGACUAUGGCGGACGACGACAUUCUCUUUGAAGAUGUGUACGAGCUCUGCGAGGUCAUUGGCAAGGGUCCAUUCAGCGUGGUGCGGAGAUGCAUCAACAGAGACACGGGGCAGCAGUUUGCUGUCAAAAUCGUGGAUGUGGCUCAGUUCACCUCCAGUCCUGGACUCAGCACGGAGGAUUUGAAGAGGGAGGCCAGUAUCUGCCACAUGCUGAAGCACCCCCACAUUGUAGAGCUGCUGGAGACGUACAGCUCAGAUGGGAUGCUCUACAUGGUUUUCGAGUUUAUGGACGGAGCAGACCUGUGUUUUGAGAUUGUGAAGAGGGCAGAUGCUGGCUUUGUCUACAGUGAAGCGGUGGCCAGUCACUACAUGAGGCAGAUCCUGGAGGCGCUACGCUAUUGCCACGACAACAAUGUCAUCCAUCGAGACGUCAAGCCUCACUGUGUGCUGCUGGCGUCCAAAGAGAACUCUGCUCCAGUGAAGUUAGGCGGGUUCGGAGUAGCCAUCCAGCUCGGCGAGUCGGGACUGGUGGCAGGAGGUCGAGUAGGAACUCCCCACUUCAUGGCACCCGAGGUGGUGAAGAGAGAGCCGUAUGGUAAGCCUGUGGACGUGUGGGGCUGUGGAGUCAUCCUCUUCAUCCUCCUCUCAGGAUGUUUGCCUUUCUACGGCACCAAAGAGCGUCUGUUUGAAGCCAUCUGCAAGGGAAAAUACAAGAUGAAUCCGCGACAGUGGAGCCAAAUUUCAGAGAGUGCAAAGGAUCUGGUGAGGCGCAUGCUGAUGCUGGACCCUGCUGAGAGGAUCACCGUCUACGAGGCACUCAACCACCCUUGGCUCAAGGAGAGGGACCGCUACGCCUACAAAAUCCACCUCCCAGAGACUGUUGAACAGCUGAGAAAGUUCAAUGCCAGGAGGAAGCUCAAGGGAGCUGUAUUGGCUGCAGUGUCCAGUCACAAGUUUAACUCCUUUUAUGGAGACCCCCCUGAGGAACUCCAUGACUUCUCUGAUGACCCUACCUCGUCAGGGGCGGUGUCUCAGGUGUUGGACAGUUUAGAAGAGAUCCACGCUUUGACAGACUGCAGUGAAAAGGAUCUAGAUUUCCUCCACAGUGUUUUCCAGGACCAACAUCUACACACGUUGCUCGACCUCUACGAUAAGAUCAACACCAAGUCGUCCCCACAGAUCAGAAACCCACCCAGUGAUGCUGUGCAGAGAGCCAAAGAGGUACUGGAAGAGAUCUCCUGCUACCCAGAGAACCACGAAGCUAAAGAACUCAGACGGAUACUGACCCAGCCGCAUUUCAUGGCUUUGCUGCAGGCCCACGACGUGGUCGCCCACGAGGUUUACAGCGACGACGCUCUGAGGGUGACACCGCCACCCACCUCGCCCUACCUGAACGGGGACUCCCCUGAGAGCACCAACGGAGACAUGGACCUAGAGAACGUCACCAGAGUCCGCCUGGUCCAGUUCCAAAAGAACACAGAUGAGCCCAUGGGCAUUACGUUGAAGAUGAAUGACUCAAACCACUGCAUUGUGGCGAGAAUAAUGCACGGGGGAAUGAUCCACAGACAAGGAACGUUGCACGUAGGAGAUGAGAUUAGAGAGAUCAACGGUAUCAGUGUGGCCAACCAGACCGUUGAGCAGCUGCAGAAGAUGCUGAGGGAGAUGCGAGGAAGCAUCACUUUUAAGAUAGUGCCAAGUUACAGGAUGCAGGGCUCUUCGUGUGAGAAAGAGUCCCCCACCACCUCCAGGCAGUCCCCUGCCAAUGGCCACUCCAGCAUUAACAGUUCUAUCUUGGACCUGCCAUCCACUAUUCAACCCAAAGGUCGACAGAUUGUAUCCAGACCUCCAAUCAAGGACAAAAUGUCUGUUAAGAUCUACGUGAGGGCUCAGUUUGAAUACGACCCCUCCAAAGACGAGCUCAUUCCCUGCAAGGAGGCUGGGAUUCGCUUCCGCGUGGGCGACAUCAUCCAGAUCAUCUCCAAAGACGACCACAACUGGUGGCAAGGCAAACUGGAGAAUACAAAAAAUGGCACAGCGGGCCUCAUCCCGUCGCCAGAGCUGCAGGAGUGGCGCGUGGCAUGCAUAGCCAUGGAGAAGACCAAGCAGGAGCAACAGGCCAGCUGCACCUGGUUUGGCAAGAAGAAGAAGCAGUACAAAGACAAGUAUUUGGCAAAGCACAACGCAGUGUUUGACCAACUAGAUCUUGUCACAUAUGAAGAGGUCGUGAAGCUUCCUGCUUUCAAGAGGAAAACACUAGUUUUGUUAGGUGCUCAUGGAGUGGGCAGAAGACACAUCAAGAACACACUCAUAACCAAACACCCUGACAGAUUUGCCUACCCCAUCCCACACACAACCAGACCUCCAAAGAAGGAUGAGGAGAACGGGAAGAACUACUUCUUUGUUUCCCAUGACCAGAUGAUGCAGGACAUCAGCAACAAUGAGUACCUGGAGUACGGCAGCCAUGAGGACGCCAUGUACGGGACGCGGCUGGAGACCAUUCGGAAGAUCCACCAACAGGGACUUAUAGCUAUACUGGAUGUGGAACCUCAGGCCCUGAAAGUCCUGCGAACAGCAGAGUUCGCCCCUUACGUCGUCUUUAUCGCCGCACCAACGAUCACACCAGGCAUCAACGAGGACGAGUCUCUCCAGCGGCUGCAGAAGGAGUCAGAGAUCCUGCAGAAGACCUACGCCCACUACUUCGACCAGACCAUCAUCAACAAUGAGAUCGACGAGACCAUCAGGCACCUGGAGGAGGCCAUUGAUCUGGUGUGCACCACCAGCCAGUGGGUCCCUGUGUCCUGGGUCUACUGACCUGCAGCCCUGAACUACACCUCCUACUUCCCUCUUUUCUCCUUCGCCUCCAUUACACUCUCUCUCUCUCUGUCUCUCUGUCUCUCUCUCUCUCUCCCUCUCUCUCUCUCUCUGUCUCUCUCUCUCUCUCUGUCUCUCUCUCUCUCUCUCUGCUCUUACUUCUCCCUUCCCAGCAACGACAUGUCAGCCAAACUCCCAUCAUUCCCUCUUCGAAAUAAUAAAGAAACAAAAAACAAUUAACAAAAAGAAAACCAAUGGGAAACCUCUCUCUACACUGCACUUGAUCGAAAACACCCUCAGCGUACUGUGAAAGCGACCACAGCAUUCAACUGAAAUCCUCUUGAACACUGCACAAACACCUGCAGCGGCCAAUCGGACUCUUGCCCUUACAGACAACCUAGUCAUAGUGUUGUAUAAAAACAGAGUAAAAAUGAAUAUUGUCAUGUCUGUACUAGCUAGGAGGCAACAUUUUUGUAGAUGUUUGUUUUAAAGAGACAGUACUGUGUCCCGUCCUCCCAUGUUGGUGCACUGCUAGCCUCCCACGUCUCCGCCACCACCAUCCCUCCAUCGCAUUGUAGUCCUGUUGGGUGUUGUACUGAACCAUCUCUAAGCAGACACAGUCAGUGGGGUAUUCUGUCUGACAGCAGGCUGAAGUAAAAGCACACAAACACACUGCUGUCCUCCCAUCUAUAGAUCAUGUCAGCAGUCCUCAUUAUUUAUUCACCCCUGUUCUUUUAAAAGCCGUAACUCUGGUUUACAUCAUGUCACGACUGUUCUGUUGUCAAACCCGGUACAGUAACAGUAUCGCCACGCACACACACACACGCACCUUUCUACCUACCAGGUACUGUCUCUUCUAAAUAAAUCCAUAAGUGUUAUAGAGAUUUGAAUGAGGUAAAUCAUGCAUGUGGACAUUUUGCAAGCUUCCAUGCUGUCAGUCAGUCAGUGUUCCUCGUGUCCCUCUGUAAAACCUCCGAGAAAGAAAAGAAUCAAACAAAAACGUGUUUUUAAAAAAAAAAGGAGAAAAAAAACAUUCCAGCUGUUUGGAAGAACUCAGCCAAGGGAAGCAAGAGGGGCCAAGAAAAAAGAAAACAAACAAAAAAAAAAACAGCGACGGAGCCAGAUGUUGACUUGACACCUAUGCACAUCCCUUGCAUUUCAGGUGACAUUUCUAAACCACAGAUUUAUAAAAGAUCAACCAUGUAGUGAGAUGUGUUUGUAAAAAAAAAAAGGAAAAAAAAGAAUCAAAUAAAAGUCUUGAUUUUUUUCUCUUUUUGAUUUGUCAUACUGUACACAGAAAAAUGUCAUAUUUUUUCCUUGUUUUGCCAUUUCAGAAAUGUGAUGUCCAAAACUAAUGGUGUUCCAAUCAAGUUUAAAAUUGACGAGAGAUAAAACGCUGAUUUUUAUCCUGCAACUGUGUAAACUGUCUGCAAAAGAUGUGCACACCAUUCAUUCUGCAAGGUUGACUACUUUGCUAGGGGAGAGGAGGCAGUGUGUGCAUCUGAAUAACCGUGUAUAUGAAUAUGACCGACUGACAUACAACUGCCCUUGUGUAAAUGACUCUGCAAUGAUAACAGUUCUUCAGUAUGAACAGUUUUUUAAAUAUAUUUCCUUUUAUGUGUUGGAAAAA